GGGGGGGGGGGGGGGAUGUUACCUGGAGUCUCUCUCUCCUCUUGGCCCCUGUCCCCACCCAGCCGAGGCCAUGCCGUCCCCGGGGACCCUGUGCAGCCUGCUGCUCCUCAGUGUGCUCUGCGUGGACUGGGCCAUGGCCGGCUCCAGCUUCCUGAGCCCCGAACACCAGAAAGUGCAGAGAAAGGAGUCCAAGAAGCCACCAGCCAAACUGCAGCCCCGAGAGCGAGAGCUCGAAGGCUGGCUCCGCCCAGGAGACGGAAAUCAGGAGGAAGGGGCAGAGGAUGAGCUGGAAAUUCGGUUCAACGCCCCCUUUGAUGUUGGGAUCAAGCUGUCGGGGGCUCAGUCCCACUGGCAUGGGCAGGCCCUGGGGAAGUUUCUGCAGGACCUGUUUUGGGAAGAAGCCAACGAGGCCCCAGCAGACAAGUGACCAUCCACAAGACCGGCCCGCCUCUCUCUGUUUUCCUACUGGCCUUAGAAGUGCUCACCGUGGCAUUUAGACUGCUUCUACAACUCUCAGCUCUGAGUGGUACGAGCUUAGGAGCUGAAUAAACAUUCAAACUGUGUGCUAAA